AUGACAGACAGAAGCCGUGCAGACAAUGACGAUGUACCCACGAUAGUGAAGGCAACGCAAGACAGGAACCAGAAUCAAACAGAUACAACUGCGCAUCUGUCACCCGAUGAUCCAUCUUUAUUACCGAUAUACAACAAUUUUGGUUUAAUCUACCGCGCACAAGGUGGUCCUAGUGCUGCGCUAAUAAAUUUUAAUCAUGCAUUGCAACUUCAGUUAAAUACAGAGACACCAAAUCAAGAAUGGAUUGCAUCAUAUUAUAACAACAUUGGAACGGCGUACAAGCAACAAUACCGUUAUUCGGAAGCAUUAGAAAUGUACGAGAAAGCACUUCAGAUCCAUUUACAAAUUCUUCCAUCAAAUCAUCCGUCAAUUGCAGUAUCCUACAAUUACAUUGCAACAGUUUACGAGUCACUCGAAGAUUAUGACAGAGCACCUGCAUAUUAUACGAAAACACUUGAAAUGCAACAGCAUUUACUUUCAUCAAAUCAUCCACACUUAGCUCAAACAUAUUUCAACUUCUCCUGGACUUACUACGGACAAGGAAAACUUAACGAAGCUCAAAGUGAAAUGAUUGUGAUGUUAAUAACAGAUUUGCUGUUAAGAACGGAGGUUGUUCAAAUUGCAUCAAACAAUUCGGUGCACAUUGUAAUAAUGUAUUCCAUUUGUAAAAAUCUAAUUGUAAAGCAUGUUGGUGAUAACAAUGAAAUAUUAUUAAUUGGUCUAAAUCGUCCAUCGAAACGGAAUGCUGUUAAUCCUGAAACUGCAGUUGAAUUACAUCAAACGUUAAUUCAAUAUGAAAAUGAUUCUAAUACAAAAAUUGCUAUACUCUAUGGCGAAGGGAAUUGUUUUUGUGCCGGUUAUGACUUAUCAGAAGUAUCCAAAGAAAACACACACUUAAAAAAAUACUAUGAUAACAAUUUAACAGCACCCAUGGGACCUAGAGAUCAAGGUCCAAAAAAGACCCUGAACGGCGUCCCAAGAUUUUUCAAUAUACUUCAAGCUGGAGAGUUCGGGUUUGUUUUAUUUUAA